AUGCAAAGUUUUAAAAUGCUUUUCUCUUUACAAGUUCGACCAGAUUUCAAACCAGCGUACUAUGGUAUUUUGGCUCAACAAUGGAGAAGAUCUUUACGGACAUUUGAAUCGAUUGUUCAACAUGUUAAUAUUUUUGAACAAGAUCUUUGUCAAUUAGUAGAACAAUUGAAACAAUUACUCUUUCUAGAUAUUUAUGGAUUGAUUGAAAAUGAGAAAGUUGAAGCUUAUCGCAUCAUGAUACAGAAACGAUUUUGUACUAGUAAAUUUAUUCUUGAAAGAACAAGAUUUCGUCUUUGGAUAUAA